CUUGCUAUCCUCAAGACCGACUGCGCCUACUUCCGUCUCGCCAGGUCCGCCCUCUCGUCUCCUCGUCGCUCUUUACACCGCAUCCGACUCGUCGAUCGCACCCACCCACACUCGUUUAACCCUCUCGCCCUCGCCAUGAAGUCGUUGGUCGCCCUCUCGGCUGCCGCCCUAUUUGCCUCGUCCGUCGCCGCCCACGGCCCGACCGGCGAGCGCCAGUCGCUCCACCGUCGCGGUGUCGAGCGUCUUCACCGUCGUGCCAAGCCCGUCGCCGUCGAGACUCGCUCGACCGAGUCUUCGGAUGCUACCGAGACGACCGCCAUCUGGUGGGCCGAGGACGGCUGGGUCGGCGCGUGCGGCUCGACCAUCGACAACACCAAGCUCCAGGUCGGCCUCCCGCUGUCGCUGUACGCCAACGCCGACGCCAAGUCGUCGCUCUGCGGCACCAAGGCGUACGCGACCAACCCGGCGACGGGCGCGAGCGUGACCGUCACCGUCGUCGACGGCUCUGACCGCACCGCCUUCUCGACCUUCUCCAAGUCGGCGUUCCUCGCCCUCGGCGGCGACGCCGACGUCGGCAUGCUCCCGAUCCAGAUCACCCUCUCGAAGGAGGCCAACGCCGGCGUCGUCGCUGCGGCCGGUGUCGUCGCCAACGGCGACUCCUCGUCGUCCAAGGCGUCGUCGUCGAAGGAGAAGGCGUCGUCGUCGGCCAAGCAGGUCGAGAGCAAGGACGUCGAGGUCCCGGUCGCCACCACGGCCGCCCCUGCCAAGACGACUGCCGCCCCGGCUGCGUCGACCACCCCGGCGCCGACCACCUCGUACGACUCGCAGUCGGCUGCUGCCGCCAGCAAGGCCGCCGCUUCGGCUGCCGCCGCCGACGCGGCUUCCUCGUCGAAGGCUGCUGCCAAGGCCUACGAGUCGGACCAGGCCGCCAUCCUCGCCGCCUCGCAGGCCUCGGCCGCUCAGUCGUCCCAGGCUGCCGCUGCCGCUGCGUCGUCCAAGGCUGCGGCCGAUGCCGCCGCCUCGCAGGAGGCUGCUGCCUCGUCCAAGGCCGCCGAGGACGCCGCCGCUGCUGCUGCCGCCUCGUCGUCCAAGGCUGCUGCUGCUGCCUCGGCCUCGGCUGCUGCCGCCGCCGCCGAUAACAAGGACAACUCGUCCUCGGGCGGCUCGUCGGGCGGCCACGUCUACUCGGGAGGCUACGCCACGUUCUACACGCAGAACGGCAUUGCGGGCAACUGUGGAGCCGUCAACCCCGACUCGGCCUACAUCGUCGCGCUCCCGACCGCUACCUACGCCGGCGGCUCGCACUGCGGCCAGAAGGUCCGCCUCACGCGCGUCGAGACUGGCAAGACGAUCACUGCUACCGUCGCCGACUCGUGCCCGACCUGCGUCAACAACUCGUGCCUCGACCUCUCGGUGUCCGCCUUUACUGCUAUCGCCACCGAGGAGGAGGGCAUGGUCUCGAUCACCUGGGAGUUCAUCUAAACGCCUCACCGACCUCUACCUCGCUCGACACUAUCCCGUCGAACGCCCCUCAUACCCUGUCCAUGUUCUCUCGGCCUCGUUCCUCCUCACGACCACUUUCACGCUCCUCUCCCUCCUUCUCCCUUCCCUCCCUUUCUCUCCUCCGAGCCGGCUCGACCAUCUUUCGUGUACGUUCGACGUCGCGAUCUUGGAGGUAGCACCGCGUUCCGUCUCGAGCGCGAACGAGUUGCAAACGAGACGGCCCGUUUCUUCCUCCUC